AUGCCUCUCUUACGGGUUUCCGAAGUCCAUGAAGACACACGCAUCGUUGGCUUUGAUCCAUUGCUGGCCCCCGAGUAUCUUCAGCGAGAAAUCCCCGCAUCACUAUCUUCGUUAGAAACCGUACGCUCCAGUCGAAAGCAGAUCAUCGAUAUCCUUGAACAACGAGAUGACCGCUUACUAGUGGUCGUUGGCCCUUGCUCAAUUCACAACACACAAGAGGCAUUGGAAUUUGCUUCCCGCUUGCGUGAACUUUCUAAAAGACUCUCUUCAACUCUUUGCAUCGUAAUGCGUGCUUAUUUGGAGAAGCCUCGUACCACCGUCGGCUGGAAGGGUCUGAUCAAUGAUCCUGACAUUGAUGGGUCCUAUAAAAUUAACAAGGGACUACACAUUUCCCGUCAGCUUUACUCAAGCUUGACCGAUAUGGGUGUCCCAAUUGCCAGUGAAAUGCUUGAUACCAUCUCGCCACAGUAUCUUGCGGAAUUUAUUUCCCUUGGGGCAAUUGGUGCACGCACCACGGAGUCUCAAUUGCAUCGAGAGCUGGCAUCUGGCCUCAGCUUUCCCAUUGGGUAUAAAAAUGGGACAUCCGGCAGUGUUGGCGUCGCCAUCGAUGCUAUCCAGGCUGCCUCCAAACCUCACAGAUUUUUGGGAGUCACGAAACAGGGUAUGGCAGCUGUGACUCGCACCACUGGGAAUGAACAUGGGUCCAUUAUUUUGCGAGGCAGCAAUCAGGGCCCGAAUUAUAGUAAGGAACAUAUCGGCCGGGCGAGACAGACGCUGAAGCUGAAAGGCGAGCGGGAGAACAUCAUGAUUGAUUGUUCGCAUGGUAACUCAGAGAAAAACCAUCGAAACCAGGCAGUUGUGGCAACGAAUGUGGCUGGUCAGAUUGCAAGUGGAGAGACUGCAAUCGUUGGUGUGAUGAUCGAGAGCAAUCUCAAUGAGGGCAAUCAAAAGGUGCCUUCGCAAGGGACGAGUGGGCUCCGGCCUGGAGUCAGUAUCACCGAUGCUUGCAUUGACUGGGAGACAACUGUGGAUGUUCUGCAAAUGCUGGCAAAUUCUGUUCAGUAUAGACGUUUUGGAGCUAAGACCGCAACCAUCGAGUGUGCUGGAAAAGGCCACGUCCGUUUCGAUAAGCAGAUCACAGAGAUCAGUGCUGUUGAAUUGGUGUGA